GCAGAGUGGCAGUGCAUUCUUCUCAUCACAGGCUAGCAAGCUCGACUGAUCAUCUGAAAUGGCUCGCAAGAAUCUCCUUCUGCUUGGUGUCUUCCUAUCUGCUCUGCUUUUCUUCUUCCUGGAUGUAGCUCACGCAAGAGAGCUCGCUGAAGCCAGUGAAUCUGAGGGGAAGAAUGUGAAGCCAACAGGUAGGUCAGGGGUCGAGGAUCAGAAGUGGGGCGGUGCUCAUGGAGGAGGAUAUGGAUAUGGCGGCGGGUAUGGUGGAGGAGGAUAUGGUCAUCCUGGGUAUGGUGGUGGCUAUGGUGGUGGAUAUGGCCACCCUGGAUAUGGCGGUGGCUACGGAGGUGGAUACGGCCAAGGAUAUGGCUGUGGGUAUGGUCAUCCUGGUCACAGUGGAGGAUAUGGUGGUGGUUACGGAGGUGGUUAUGGUGGAGGAUACGGUGGUGGGGGUGGCUACGGUGGUGGUGGAGGUUAUGGAGGAGGACAUGGUGGUGGUUGGCCUUAAUAGGUAUUCGAGUCAUCUAAGUACAACUGUUAAAUAAGUCAAUUAUGACAAACUUGUUUGAGUAUGCAUGCUGCUAGUAGGAACAUUGUAUAGUAGCAAGAAACUAGAAGAGCAUCAUGUUUGGUCUCUUCUUAUAUAUGUAUGUUCCUUCCAACAUGUAUUCUGGCUUUAAGCAUAAUAAUAUGGUAUAUCUGAAAAUAUUUAUAUCUCUCA